AUGUUCGGGGGAAAAAAUUCUAACAAGCAGCGAAAGCGGGCAACGCCCCCCAGCACUACGUCUCAAGGUGCCGACGGUGCAAGCUCAUCCACUGGUCUCAUAUAUUCAUCAACGAACAAUACGCGCGCGGCCAACCGUCCAGCUCCUCAACCGCGUAGGAAGGCGUCGAACGUUCUCCUCGCCGCAUUAGGAAAAAAACCUGUGGAGACGAGCCGCAAGCGCGACCGCACCUCCUCUCCUGAGCUUUCGGGCUCGGAGUACGGCGCGUCCGAUGCUGAUGGCAAGGCGUUGAGUCGGUCAAGAAGCUCUCUCGCCGCUAGCGGACGGUCGUCUCCCGAUGGAUCUGAGUCAGACGGCUCUCGGAUGUCGACUUCUUCGUGGCACAAGCAAGUGCGCACAGCCAUGACCGUAUCGGCCACUCGCGUCAAAGCCACGGUCAGGCGCAACGUCGUCUCAGUCUUGCGGCAUGUGUCUCCGUCAUCCAGCCGCAACAACUCGCCACCGCCGCCACCAUCCACACGGCCUUCGUCGCGAGCAUCCUCCGAGGCUCCACCGCCUCGCUCUACAAGCCCGUCCGAGUUUGAGCAGCCUACCGAGGCGACACCGUUCACAACAUCAUUCCCCCCGGCCCCUUCGGCAGCGUCGGCCCUAUCAGGCAUCCCGCUCGACGAUGGUGACCCGAAUUUCGUAGACAUGGACCAGGAGGUGCCCGCGGGCGCUCGUGUCGAUCCAGCUGAUGCAGAUCGCCCAAGAUCGCCCAAACGGGCUCGUGCCAAGCCAUAUCGUGAUCCUAUCUUGCAUUUCGCGGUGCCUCACAAUCAAGACAUACUGCUCCGCGAGCUCACGCGCCAUGAAGGCCUCAAAGAUCUACCGGUCAAGGAAAACGGCUAUCCUGUCUGCGCUGGAUGCAAGGCUGCCGACGGCGAGAUCUACUGUAGGUCAUGCCGCAAGCGCGGCUUGCUCUGUAAGCAAUGCGCUUGUAAAGAGCAUGCAGCACAUCCGCUCCACCGCGUCCGCAUCUGGAACUCGAAGUUCAUGGCCCCGUACUCCCUCCAGCAGGCUGGCCUUGUCACCGAACUCGGUCAUGACGGCGAUCCGUGUCCACACAAGAAACCGCCGGCCGAGAUCACCGUCAUACACACCAACGGCGUGCACCGCGUCACGUACCGCGAGUGCGAAUGCAUGACCAUCGGUGGGAGUACAGUGCAUGUUCAACUCAUGCGCGCCGGCUGGAUGCCGACAUCUAUGCUCUUCCCGCGAGUUGCUGUCACUCUGGAGGCUCUGGAAGCGUUCCAUGCGCUCUCGCUUCAGGGCAAAGUCAACGCGUACGACUACUAUAACGGUCUCGUUCGUCUCAGUGAUGGCGGGGGUGUCGUUAAGAUCAAGACUUGUUAUAAAGCUUGGGUGCGAGGCACGCGCAUGUACAGGCAUCUCCGCCGGUACAAGCGCGCGGGGCGUGCACAGGACCCGCUGGGAGUGGCGAACACGCAGCCUGGGGAGUUGGUCAGCGAGUGUCCGGCGUGCCCGAUGGAGAAAAACUUACCCAAGGGCUGGGAGGAUGCGCCGGAGGGCAUGAAAUACCUAUAUGCUCUGCUACUUGCUAUCGACGCGAACUUCAAGUUGAAGCUCAAGGACAAGAAGGCGACCAACGUGCCGUUGUCAGACGGCAAGGGUUUCUUUCCUCCCGACCAGAAGUAUAAGGAGCACCUGGCGGAACAUGGCGUGAAGCAGCUCGAGGAACGGCAUUGUACGUCGGAGCAUAAUGCUCUACGCCACGCCAACUUAACGUCGAAGCGCUGGGUGGUGAAUGGCGUCGGCGCUUGCAUCUGCGCGCGCCAUCUAUUGUAUCGCAAGCACGGAGUCGUGGAUAUACCUGGUGGGGAGAAGUUUGCGUGCAUGGACCACUGCGUAUUCGCAAGUCUCGGUCUCACGGCGAAGCUCAUCAAGCGCCUCGUGCUAUCGUAUGACAUCGUCUGUUCCUGGUCCGUCAACUUCUUCGAGCGCCUGGAGGAGAUCUACGGCGACCUUUACGAGCUCCCGGAUGAUGCCGAGGUCAUCUUUGUCAUCCCGAAGUUUCACAUCGAGGCGCACGGCGACGACUGCAAGUGCGCCUUCAACCUCAACUUCACUCUCGGGGCCGCGCGGACUUGCGGCGAAGGUGUUGAGGCCGGCUGGGCUGACAUGAAUCUUAUCGGUGUCUUCACGCGCGAGAUGAGCCCGGCGCACCGCCAUGAAGUCAUCGAGGACUUUAUGCAGGCCAUCAACUUUAGGAAGAUCAAAAAUAUGUCAACAUCGUUCGCAAAGCAAUUGGAGGAGGCUGUCAAGUUGAAGGAGAAGCAGACCACCGCUUUCCAGAAGCAUGAACAGACGCUCGAUCCGGCUGUCGUUGAGAAGUGGAAGGAGGAUAUACGGGUCUGGGACGAGCUACCGGUCAAGAAAGGAGGCGACAGCCCCUACCGGGAACCGAUAUCAUCGCAAUCUCUUAAAGAAGUCAAGAACAAGCUGAAGGAUGAAGAAGACGCCGAACUCGACAAGGCCGUGCCGCUUAAUGCCAUGACGGCCGCGACGUACAUAUCCGCUGUCAUUGCCCUCGAGGAUCAAAAGGACACUGUGACCAAGAUCGCGAAGAAAAAGAACCUCUCGCUACAGGACUCCACUUCGUCUGAGGUUCGCGAGACUCAAUUAUUCCAGCGUAUGCAGGCGUUGGAGUCGGUGCAGCAUAGUUAUAUCAUUAGCAUCGGCGAGGACUUUCGCACCCGCGUAACAGACGAAAUUGACGCCGAGCUUGCCCGCGCGGCUUCCCGCGCGGAUCAGCUCCGAGAAGAAGGUCAUCAAGGACCCCUACCUCCCGACGCUCUUCCUCCCCCAACCUAUCCCGAACCGCUCGAGUCCUUGCCCCGUGCAACGAAGCGUGGAGGCGCUCGGGCGAAACACGCCGCCGCGCUCUCAGCAACAUUAUGGUUGCCGUCCAAUUUGCCGCCCAAAAUGCGCGAGCGUCAGCUCUUCUCCGACCUCGCCACGAAAGAGAUCAGGCUACGCAUUGCCCUCUGCACGGACGCGCUAUACAACUUGAGGCGGGCGCUUCGAACUCGACAUGCCGCUUACCUGCAACACACAAAGGGCGGGCGGGCGCAUGUCUCUCAGAAGCGUGCCACUCGUCAGCAAACGUCGCGCUCCUCCCUCGCGAGCGCGAUCAAGCGUCAAGGGGACCGCUAUCGUCGUUCGCACGCAGCGUUGAUGGCCCUCGACCCGCAUGGGCAGUAUGAAGGCGGCAAGUGGAAGCAAAUACUGCGACCACUUGCUGUGAGUGAUCAGACAGCCCCACACGAGGAUGAGGGCGAGCAUCCAGAAGACGACGACGUCGAGGGCGAGGGCCCAGCACCGACCAACGCGUCCACUGUGCGACGCGGUCGUGGUCGCGGCGGGAAACAGAGUGAGGGACGCCGGGAGCUGUCGUGGAUCUGGCAGGUUGGGCGCUACGACUCACGACAGAAAUUGGCGGAAACGGACGAGGCGGCUAAAGAGGAGAUGGAGAAAUAUGAGCGAGUGGACUGGGCGCGUUUACGCGCUCGAUCUCUCCGAUGGUCUGAGCAGGUUGGACUGCUGUGCGAGGAAAUGAGGCGCGUGGUCACGACGCAUAUGAAGACCGCCGACGAGUGGGUCGCACGCGCCGAGGCCGCUGCGAGCGACUCGAAUCUUGCGCGUUCGCCUGACAUCGUGCGAGGUCUCGUUGCUCAUGCGUACCGUCAAGCGAACGUCUACGAGACCCUAGCGAACGGCUGCAUCGACAAGUGGGUGCCGUUGAUCCGGAAGCAUGGUCUCACCGUCGCCUGGCCUGCUUCACUCGCCACCCGCGUCGCGGUAGCCGCUCAGGCCGCGCCCGCACCACCCCGAGUUCCGAAAGAGAAGGGCAAUGCAGGAAUACCCCGCGAAGAACCCGAUCUCGAGGAUCCUGAAGACGACGAGGAAGAGAAUGAGAGUAACCCAAGCGAGGACGAGGGCCUCGCCGCGAUCGACGAGGAGCUUGCUGACGACCCCACGGAUGAUUUUGCGGCAGUGACGGAUAUCGAAAGUGAUGUAGAUUGA